GAUUCAUUCAAUCAACACCAACCUGCCAAUUUGAAAGCCCAGCCAGCAGCACAUAUUCUUCCAAAUUCCAAUUACUACUAGCAGCCAGCAUGGGUAUAGGGAUGAACUCGAACACGAACCCAUCAGUGUCUCCAUCCCACUACCACACCCACAAGGUGUUCCUUUUGUGCAACUACAUACUCUUGGGUGCAGCCUCCAGUUGCAUCUUCCUCACCCUCUCUCUGCGCCUCCUCCCCUCUGUCUGUGGCUUCUUCGUCAUCCUCCUCCACAUAUUCACCAUCGCCGGGGCCGUCUCUGGAUGCGCCGCCGCCUCAGCAGGGACAGGAAAGUGGUACGGAGCCCACAUGGUGGCCACAGUACUCACAGCAAUAUUCCAAGGCUCAGUAUCGGUGCUAAUCUUCACCAGAACCGGUGACUUUCUUGGGGAGCUCAAGUCGUACGUGAGGGAAGAGGAUGCCUCUGUUAUUCUCAAAUUGGGCGGUGGCCUCAGUAUUUUGAUCUUUUGCUUGGAGUGGGUGGUCUUGACCCUUGCAUUUUUCUUGAAGUACUAUGCCUCUGUUGAAGGUGAUCAUAUUCAGCUUGGUGCUAAUUCUAGAGCUGCUAUGAGGAGUUCCAAGGUGCAACAAGAGGAGGAUUUGAAGGACUGGCCAUGGCCCUUCCAAGUCUAAUAUCAGUUCUUUCAAUUUUACGUACUAUCGGUUAAUUAUAUAAUUCAUUCGUUUAUUCAAUGCUUGGAAUUUGGGGAGUUCCUGGGGGAGAUUCUUAGAAUUCAUACUGUAAGUCUGUAAUUUCCUUUUGUUUGUUUACCUUAAACCCUAAACCCUAUGGUGGUGUAUGGAAUUGAUCUAAAAUUCUUACU